UUCUUUCCUUCCCGACAGUGUGCUCGCUGCCUCUUUUCGCCAUGGCGUCUCGUAAGGAAGGAAGCGGAGCCGGAGGUUCCGCAGUCGUUAGCGGGAAAGCCAAAGCCAAAUCGGGCCCUGGGGACUCGACGGUGAAGCAAGUGCAGAUCGACGGGCUGGUGGUGCUGAAGAUCAUCAAGCAUUAUCAGGAAGAAGGCCAAGGCAAUGAAGUAGUUCAGGGUGUGCUGCUAGGCUUGGUGGUGGAUGACAGACUUGAAAUCACCAACUGCUUCCCAUUCCCUCAGCAUACAGAAGACGAUGCUGACUUUGAUGAAGUUCAAUAUCAGAUGGAAAUGAUGCGUAGUCUUCGCCAUGUCAAUAUUGACCAUCUCCAUGUCGGCUGGUAUCAGUCUACAUACUACGGCUCCUUUGUUACCCGUGCUCUCCUGGAUUCCCAGUUCAGUUACCAGCACGCCAUAGAGGAAUCUGUCGUUCUCAUUUACGAUCCUAUAAAAACGUCUCAGGGCUAUCUCUCCCUAAAAGCAUAUCAUCUGACACCUAAAUUGAUGGAGGUUUGCAAAGAGAAGGAUUUCUCUCCAGAAGCGUUGAAAAAAGCAGGAAUUGCAUUUGAAAACAUGUUUGAGGAAGUCCCUAUUAACAUCAGAAACUCCUACCUGAUCAAUGUUCUUCUUUGGGAGUUGCAAAAGAAGUCAGGAAUUGCAAAUAGACACGAAUUGCUCAGCCUCGCAAGCAAUAAUCACCUUAGCAAAACCCUACAACUAUUGAUGGACCGAGUGGAUGAAAUGAGUCAAGAUAUUGUAAAAUACAACACCUACCUAAGGAAUACCAGCAAGCAGCAACAGCAAAAACACCAAUACCAGCAGAGACGUCAGCAAGAAAACCUACAGCGUCAGAGUAGGGGAGAGCCUGCUCUUCCCGAGGAAGACUUGAACAAACUUUUCAAGCCGCCACAGCCUCCUCCCAGGAUGGACUCCCUUUUGAUUGCAGGUCAAAUUAACACUUACAGCCGGAUCAUCAAGGAAUUCACAGCCCAGAAUCUGGGCAAGCUUUUCUUGGCUCAGUCACUUCAAGAACACAACAAUUAGAGAGGAAAAUAAAGUGCUUUUGUUUCUUGCUCACUGAAAGAGUGCAGACGCUUGGAAUCGCAGCACAUUUUUACUUUCAUUCCUCAUUGUAAAAUGAACCGUGAAUUAGACUCUUGUGUGUUUUGAGUAGAAUUAUCCCUCUUCUAACGAAAAAAAAGCAUAAUAAAAGAUUUAAAACUUU